AUGCUCUGGGAAGAUGCUGGAUCGCUGGACUCACCAUGUCCUCAGGUGCUGCCAGCCCUGGACGCGCCACAGGAGGAGGACGACGGAACGACGCAGUCACCGCAGGAAGCAUGUGAUCCUGAGCGUGGGAUCACCGCCUUUCUGUAUCUGAACACCCCUGCGUGGCCACCGGAGUGGGGAGGAGCUCUGAGGUGUCAUUUGGGCUCCAUCUCCCGUGACGUGUGGGGAGAUGGGGGUCGACUCGUUCUUCUCCGCGAGGCGCACAGCUAUGAGCUCCUGCCGUCAAGGCGGCCGCAGACGGUGCUGAUGAUGCGGUUGGAGGGCAUGCUGGUGCAACCGGAGCCCAGGAGGGCAAAUCCAACCAGGAGCAGUAUGGCCCUGGCUCCUCGUGCACACGCUUCGGAGGUGAGAGAGGAGGAGGAGGCAGUGGCUGCUGCCCUGGCAGACACCGCGCCAGCUCGCGAGCUUCCUCCGGUGGACAGCGAUCGGGACAGAGGGCCAGAAGAAGCGGGGCCAGAAGAGGCUGUCCAAGCAGCUGACAGGCACAUGGCCGCAGCAUCGGCUGAGAAUGAGGUCGAGAAGGUGCAAAUGACAUCAUGGGAG